AUGACUGAACAGCCUGUACCUGCAUCUGUCGCCCGUGAGGCGAAAAGCAUACACCAAUCGUUGAAAGAACUACUCAAAACCAAAGAGCCCUUCGAUAAAGAGGUCGAUUUCCAGCGGAAAAACCUAAGGAGGCGCUAUCUUAAUCUACUGCUCGUUCAUCCCGAUGCAAAAGAAUCCAAGGAUGUCGAGAACCAUCUAUGGAUGCAAACUUCCUAUGCCUUCAUCUCCUCCUACAAGCAGAGCAUCGCUGCCCUCGAUCGUAGCACACAAAACAACCAACGCCACCAGCAACAGCAGCAACAACAAGGCCAACGUCCUCCUCCGCCGAGACAAAAUCACGACGUCGAGCGUCGGAAGUUAGUGCAACGAUUUCGGCAAUUUCUAGCUGACGAGGAAAAAUUCUGGACCCAAUUGGUCCUUCGCCUUCGACGUUUGUUCGACUUGCGCGAAGCGCAUCCUGCCCUAGUUGCGCUUGGCCUUCUUGAAGCUGACAAUGUUGCUGCCUCCAGUAUCCCUGAGGUAUCCGAGACCCGUGACGGAGUUAUGCACGGCGCUAGUGGCCGUAACCACUUCCAGUUUCCGCCGGAGGACCCCAGUGUAUCAUUUGCACCCACCACAGCCGAGGAGCGUGAAGGGCGCCUUGCAAUCUUGAGCAAGGCUUUAAUAUGCUUGGGUGAUAUUGCUCGUUACAGGGAACUGUAUAACGAGAGCAAUGGCAAGAGAGCUGGCCACGAAGAUGGCGGGUCAGGACGGAGGGGGCGUAAUCGCCGAGGUGGGGGACCUGACCUACCUCCUCGCCCUAGAAACUAUGACAAGGCACGACAGUGUUACGAGCAAGCCCGGUUGCUUGUACCAUACGAGGGCAAUCCUUCCCACCAGCUGGCAAUUCUGUCGUCAUACCAAAAGGACUCGUUCGCUUCUCUCAUACACUAUUAUCGGGCGUUAUGUGUCAGCCAGCCGUACGAUACAGCUGCGGAGAAUUUGGGAACUGUACUAUCCAAGGCCUUAGAAAUGUGGCGGCAACGAACUAAAAGAGAAAGGGACAAGAAUGGAACGAAUGACAUGCAACUUCCUCCCCGAGUGCGAGUCGAGCUGUUCAAGGAAAGGGUUGUGGUUUUGCAUGCUUUGUGGCGAGUAGGUAUGGAUAAGGGCCUUGAAAAAAUGAAGUCCAUGUCUCCCAAGCACAACGAAAAAGUGUUCCAUGACUUUUAUGCCCUUGUUUCUGAACGACAUCUACCCAUCGACUUGAUUUCCAAUACUAUCGUCCUCUCUCAGGGUGCACUCUGGAAGCACCGCAUGAUUCGUGAUACACCUUCUACAUCCCAUCGUAAGACAGACGCAGCUCCUGUUCAACCUGGAACGGCCACAUUGAUCGAAUGGGGCAUGCUCGACCACCUCAUGGAUAUGCAUCUUGUCCUACUUGAAGUAGGAAAGGAUGAACUGAAAGAUCCUCAAAUAAUGGAAGAAGGGGCCGACGAUAUCGCGCAACGCAUCAGCGCCACCUUCAGACGCACCCUUCCCGCUCUUAGAAUUGCGAGCAAGUGGUUGCGCGCCAACUACAAAUAUGUCGUACAAGACCAAGAAUUCAUCGCGUACCAAUCGCGCGAAUCGUCGAAGGGAAUUAAUAUCGUCAAAAAAGAUGAAAAUAAGAUCAGUGGGUAUUCCAAAAAGACCCAGCGAUUCUGGAAGGGCUAUGCCCAAUUUAUGCUUGCAUUGUCGCAAGCGUUCCCGGCCAACAAAUUACACCCUUUUCUGUCUCCCCUGGAGGAGGACGUUGAGAUGAAGGGAUUUUUGCCGCUUAGAAAGCUGAUGGGUGAAGAAAAGGGGAAGGAAAAGGCGCAAGUAAAUGGGGCUCAAAGGGAGCAAGUUCAUCCUAAUGUUGAACAGUUGAUGAGAAUCUCCGACUUGUUAGAGGACGCAAAAGUACUUGUUCAAAUGGAGAAUUCCCCGUUGAUGAUGAUUAACAAUCACAUUAUGUUUGAUCCUCUCAUGGUGGAGGAAGUUCGACCUCGUUUACAACAAGAGGUUUCACCUGUGGUAGAUAAUGAUUCCGCCACUUCCAACCAUGCUCAAGCCCCGCCGGUGCACGAUGACACUGGGAAACAAAUAGAGCCUGAUGUGGAUAUUGAGGAUGUGGACCACUUAAGUUCAACCGACGAUGACCCGGUUGGCGAGGCAUUCGAGCAUCUAAAAACAGGCGGAAAUGUAUUGGAUGAAGAAGAAGACGAUGAAGAAGAAGAUGAAAUUGUUUGGGAUCCUAGGGCUCCUAUUUCCCCUGCGCUCUCUCCGAUCACCCGUGUGGCUCCCUUGACGCCAGUCAAACCCAUUAUCAGCCCUAAGGGUCUCUCCCCCAGAUCUCCCACCCAUUAUCAACCUAUCAAGCAACCAAGCUUUACUACGCCUGCAACACACGCGCCCGCACCUCAAGCUGUUACGACGGCACAAGAUCUUCUGAACGACGUCAUGGGCUUGGCUACCGUAGGCAGAGUCAUAAACCCAGCCCAUGUACCUUCUACAGAAUCUGUUUCGACCGCCCCGCAACCUCAAUUUUUGUUCGGGUCCGAGUUGUCUCAUCGCCCAAGUCAGUCCAUAUGGUCAGCUUCUGAGGACGAGCAGCCUCUUAUGUACUCCGGGAACACCAGUAAUUCUACCGCACAAAGUGGUGGGCAUAUUUAUCAGACGUCUCCUCGGCAAUUUGCCAUCUCUCCAGCGUCACAGGAUCUUUCGCAGCAGUCUAUUUGGUCCUCGCCUUACCCGAGCCAAUUAACGCACAAUUCCCAGCAAAGUUUGGGUGGUGGGUUACCUCCGGCAUAUUCGCACUCGCACUCGCAUCCUCCUCAGCCUAUGCUUUCUCCUGUAGGUAUGGCCCAAAGGCAACACCAACGAGUGCCUUCCGCUUCUGUGGCUGCGCAACUUUUCCCUAACCAUAUCCAAAGCCAACACGAUCCCUUCGCAUAUGCGCCACCCAUUCAGCCGCCUAUUCAUAGGCCAGAACAUAUCCUUUCUCCUCAGUCUGGAUACAUCAAUUCUCAUGCUUCCCAACAAAGUUUUGGAGGCGGUUCGACAGAGUACUAUGCCAGUUCUAAUCCUGCAUAUCAUUCGAGGCAGCUUUCGAUGCAUGAUCCUCGUGUAGGACACGUGUCUGUCCCCAUGUCGCAAAUCUGGAGUCAUACGGGGUGA